CAAGUUUAUGUUACAUUAUUUUUUCUAAAAUCAACCAAGAUAAUGGACACUGUAACUGGAGAGUCAUCAAGUUUAGCACAACUAUGCUACCGUUUUUCUCUUGAAGAUAUUCAAUCUGCAACCAACAACUUUGAUGAUACAUUGGUCAUUGGACAUGGAGGAUUCGGAAAGGUGUACAAAGGUUGUGUUCAUACUGAUAAAACUAGCCAGGUAGUUGCAGUCAAACGGCUGGAUUCCAUGUCCAACCAAGGGGUACCUGAAUUUAGAGCUGAAAUCGAGAUGCUCUCCAAGCUGCGCCAUCGUCACUUGGUGUCUCUUAUUGGUUUUUGUGAUGAUAACAAAGAAAUGAUCCUUGUUUACGAGUACAUGCCCCAUGGAACACUAUAUGAUCAUCUACACAAAGAUCGAACUCCUUUAAGUUGGGUGCAACGUGUCAAGAUAGCCAUGGGUGCCGCACGUGGGUUGGAUUACCUCCACACAGGCACCCUACAUGGAGUUAUACAUCGUGACGUGAAGAGUUCAAAUAUCCUUUUAGAUGAGAACUGGGAAGCUAUGAUUUCGGAUUUUGGGUUGUCCAAAAUAGGCUCGACCAAUCAAUUGGUUUCUUAUGUUGAUGCGAGUGUCAAAGGCACAUUUGGGUAUCUUGAUCCGGAGUAUUUCUAUACUAAUAAAUUAACUAGGAAAACAGAUGUGUAUGCAUUUGGGGUUGUGUUGUUUGAAUUGCUGUCUGGAAGGCUUCCAGUAGAUGAACGCAAUGUUGAGGAGGAAUAUAGCUUGGUAAGGUGGGCUCAAAAAUGUGUAAGAGAAAGAAAAAUAGAUCAAAUGGUUGAUUCUAAUAUCAAGGGAACAAUUUCUACCAAGUGUUUAAGACGGUUCACUAAAAUUGCAUAUCGUUGUGUGCACGGUGCUCCGAAAGAACGGCCUACCAUGACUGAGGUUGUGGCCUCACUUCAGGCUUUACUGGAACUACCAGAUAAAUCUAACCAUUCUGAGGAGGCAUCAGGCAUAAUGGGGUUCACCUGGAAGAUGCAUAAGUAUAUUGUUUCCACAACAAAACCAAACUCAGGUCCCCGGAAUUUGCUUUGCGCCCCCAAAAUGGUUGAGUCGCCCCUAAUAUUAGAACAAAGUAGAACAAGUUCCCCACAGAGCCUCAACUACAAGAUAGAACAGCAUGAAAAAUUAGUGACCAGAGACAUAAAAAUGUUCACAUACGAUGAACUGAAACUCGCUACGAGGAACUUUGGAAAUGAUGCAUUCUUGGUUGAGGGGAGUUAUGGAAAGGUUUAUAAAGGUUGGCUCAAUAAAACGACAUAUUCCCCAUGUAAGGAUGAUGCUGAACUUCCCAUUGCCGUUAAGAAACUCCAUCGCUACACACUUUUUGAUCUUGAACUGUUGAAAGAAUUUCAUCAUCCCAACCUUGUUAAGUUCUUAGGAUACUGCUUGGAAGGUGAACGACUCUUCCUUGUGCACGAAUUUAUGCGUAACGGAAACUUUAAGGAUCUCCUUCAUAGCGGAGCUAUAGCACGACUUCCGUUAGCUACAAAGGUGAAAAUUCUAGUAGGAAUUGCCCGAGGGAUUGUUUUCUUGCAGAAGCCACAGUUCAACAAAACUUGUUUUGCAAUUAGUGAGUCCGAGCUAUACAGGCAUAAGAUAUUGUUGGAUGAGGAUUUUACAGCAAAGCUUUCAGUAAAUGGUAAAUAUGCCGCUCCAGAUAAUGAUGGGCUGGAACUAGUGCUGCAGAGCAACCUCUCGGGUUAUGAAGUGGUAUUCAUAGAGAUCCUAACAGGGGAACGAAUCUUUUAUUUGAAUAAAUUACUGAAGAUAGAUCGUUUAUUCCGUGAAUGUGGAAAGGAUACCUUGAGUCACAUUGCACAGUUCUGUUAUAAAAUAUGCGAUGAAGUGGAUUCAGAAUCAAAGAUGCUGAAAAUGUUGAAGGAGCAUGACAAGUUGAUACAAAGGAGAUUGAAGAACUGGUUGAGUGAUCCAGACAACUAGGACUGUUUUUUUCUUUUCAUUUAAAUAGAAGGACGACACAUUUAGAUUUUUAGACGCCCUAGGUUGAUCUAUUCAAAUAUUAUAAAUGAUUCAUUUAAGCGGAUUAGGUGUUC